GGGCUGAUGCCUCAGUGAGGAGAGAAAGCAGAGCUCAGGCAGAAACAAUCGAUCGUUGUUUGCGAGGAGAGGGCCAUUGCCGUUCUCUUUUCGGAGAGGCGAGACUCCCUUUUUGGAGGGGCGCAAGUGGGGCUCAGGCAGGAGCAAUCGAGCACCGUUCUGCGAAAAUAAGGCUGUUUAUGCUCCCUUUUCGGAGCGAGGGGCGGAAGUGGGGCUCAGGCGGGAGCAAUCGAGCCCCGAUCUGGCGACGGCGGCGGGACGUUUGAAAGCGAAGCGGAGCCUGUGUGUUCCCUGGGAGCCAGCUGGGAUGGAAGGCAGCGAGGGAAGCCGGGGAACAAGAGGCGGGUUGGCUGCUCCCUCCGAGGAAGAAGAAGAAGUAGAAGGGGAGGAGGAAAGGGGCGAAGGCGAAGGGGCCCAGAGGCUCCUGGGCGAGGAAGGGGAGAAGACCCUGAGCCUGCUCGGUCUGCUUCGCAUAAGGGAACAGAUAAAGCAACAUCUUAUGGAAUACAAUACGGCAGUUAAUGCAAAUGAAGAAAGCAUUCCAGAUCAAGUUAUAGAUGAAAAGAUAAUGGAGUGUUCCAUAGAAGACUUGGAAAGAGAACUGGACGACGUGAAGAUAUCUUACCAAAACAAAACCUUAGCAUUACAAAGAAUCCAAGUAGCUGAUGCCCUCAGGAAGAAGCUGAAGAAUGAGGAUGAAGACUCUAAGUUUAUCUGGGAUACCAUGAAGCACACCAUUAUGCUUAGUACUGCAAUACUUAAAUCACAUCAGCAGUCACGUGAACUGGAAGAAAAACUGAAUGAGGUUAAGCAGAGCAGAUUAGCAUUAAAGCAAGCUGGAGAAUGCAAGUUGGCACAAAUACAGGAUAUAAAGAGAAAAAGAAAAGAGGAGCUGGAAAAUAUGGAAGUAGGUGAAAUGUUGAAGAAGGUCCGUAGAAAUCUGCAAAAGGAAAUUCAAAUGACUACAUUGAUUCAAAACAUCUUUCAGAAUCUCAUUACUGGAAGUGGAGUCAAUUGGGCAGAAGAUCCUGAUUUGAAAGCAGUUGUUCUGCAACUUGAGAAAAAUGUGGCUGGGUUCUGAAACAUCAUUUACUGCAUUUUCUGUUGUUUUCCAGUCUAGAGGACAAUAAGUAAUUUGAUAUAGUGUUUCAAUAAAUGGGGUAUUCUCUCACAGUAGGAUAUAUGUAAGGAUGCAUUAAAAUGUUGUACAUAUGGACUUAGAAAGGAAUUUCCUGCUAUAAAACAUGUUUGUUAAUUCAGUGGCAAUACGUGUGAGAGAAUGUAACCAAGGAUCUGUUAAUGAAGAGUAUUUGACAAGUUAUUCCUAUUGGCUGGGGAUUAAAAAAAUAAACUGUUUAUUGGGGAUUUUUCUCAUUUCCUAGUGAAAAGAUAGCAAUAAAUGCAAGGAGCAACUAUUUCAUAAUUUA